AGCCAUUUUGGCUCAAGGAGGCUCGUUCUUGUACAGACGAUCAUCUCCCGCGCCACUCCGAGCUCAGAGUGUCUGCGCUUUUCCAACGAUGGUUGCGUACGAGUACAUGGCCGCAGUGCUCGCAGUCUUCAGCGUGGAGGCAGUAUGGGAGGUGCGGCUCAUCUGGCCCCACGCGUGUGGCGAGGGGCUGGGCAAAUUCCGCCGCCCCGUCGUGUUGACAUUGCUCAGCACCGUAAUCGGGCUGGUGCACGUCAUUCUCGAGUUGCUGGCGGACUUCCCGAAGAACCGCGUGCUCGGCGAGACAGGUGUGCCUCCCAUUGUGUACAACUCCACAGCAAGCAACACGAUGGUGAUCGCGCCCGCGUUCCAGGGACACUGCGUCGCAGGCAUCCCCCUCUUUGACCUCAGCAUCGUGGUGGCCUACGGCUUCGAGACACCUCUGUUCGAGUUCGCUGCUGCGGGUUUUUUGUACACUCUUGUUGUCGAGCAGCUCGCAGCGGGCAAGCGCGAGACGACCUACGACAGCUUGCGGCGUCUCAAGAGAGCCAACACGUGGAAGGUGGUGCUGAUCACGGCCGCAAUUAUGAUGUUCAACAUCGUGGGAUUCGCGUUUGCCGGGACGUAUUUUCUCUGCGAGAAGCGCUUGAACAUGAACUUCGACCUCAUGGGCUACGCUCUCACCCCCGAAGACUACCCGUUCACGUCUGAGGAGCGCGACCGCCAUUCGUUGGGCCAACUAUUGUACUUCGGCGUGCUUGCCGCAAACAACUUGCGCUUUGUCAUCUGGAUCAUGUUGUUCCGUUUGAUUCGGAAGCUGAAUAAUUUGAUCCCGAGCGACUCAGACACUUCGAACGUGGUCUCAAACACAAGAGCGGUGGUGAGGGUCGCCUGGGUGCCCCUGCUGUCCGAGGUCGUGGGAUGGACAUGCGCAGUCGCGGCAUUGGUGGCGCAGCAGUUCCUCGACAGGGACGAAGACCAGAUCGUGAAUUGCAUCUUCUGUUUUACGAUCUGGACAACACUCAGCUUGAAGCGUCUGUGCUUCGUCCGCUCGAUCUGCACCACGGCAAUGCGUGAUUCUGUCGCUGGGUUGAGGCAGUACGUCUUGCUGCAUGGCUCGGCAGAGUUGGCCGCACUGCUCGAAGACGGCGGCCAGGGCAAGGAUGCGAGCGAGGCGGCGAAGGAGCUGCUCCGCAAAGGGCUCGCCGAAUGCAACGGAGUCCUGCUGAGUCAGAUCGGGCCAGACGCGUUCGUGCCUGGCGACACGAGUGCAGAGUUCUCUGGAGCAGUUGAGGCGACCAGUGCGGGGCCCGAGAUCAUCCAGUGCCAGAGCCCGGAUUUCUUCGUAAGCCACAGCUGGCGGGACAGUCCACAGGAGAAAUACGAGGCGCUGCGGCAAGUGUGCACCGCGUUCAAGGUGCAACACGGGCGGGAGCCCAUUCUGUGGAUCGACAAGUAUUGCAUAGACCAGAAGCGCAUACAGCAGGCACUCAGGUACUUGCCAGUCUUCGUCAACGCCGCGAAGCAGCGACUCGUGUUGCACGGGCCUUCGUACUUCAGCAGGUUGUGGUGCAUGUGGGAGCUCUACGUGAUGACAGUGUCCGACCCGAAGCUAGACAACGUUUUGUUCUGGUCCGUUCAGGGCCACGGCACCACCCGUCUCGGAUCCGAGUUGGGCGACUUCGACGUCCAAGAUGUGAGUUGUUAUCGCCCCGAGGACAAGGGUAAGAUCCUCGCCACGAUCGACUCCCAGCGGGGAGGCAUGCAGGCUUUCAACAGCACGAUCCGGGAUGUGCCACUCAGCAUGUCGCUCCUCCAGCGUAGCGCGAUGUGGCGCCGCGUCUCCGGGAGGCAGAGCAAGGUCCCGUCGAUCACGCUCGGCCACUCGUCGGACACGUUGGAGGUAUGAAAGCAGACGAUAUUGCACGUACGUCUACGUCCCCAGGUCGGCACGUCAGGUGAUGCCCCAUUUGGCUCGUCAUCUAACGUAGCGGCUUAUCGUCCUUGCAGGGUUUCGGACCCGCAGUGGUUUGGGCUGAUUUGGGCUUCCAGCUACAUGGUGUCGGACUAAGGCUGAAGCCGACAUGACCUGUGUUCGUUGCCGUUUGAUGGAAGGGAAGUCACUCGCGCUCCCAGUGCAGUGUUCGUCAGCGUUCGGCUCUUGUUCCGCUUGUGCCCGCGCCGCCGAUGCCACCAUUGGGGUUGCCUUCACAUGGGGCUGACCAGAAGAGCCAACUACCCCACACGGACCCGCAGUGCCUCAUUAUCCCUCCCUCCCUCCCCGUCCUCCCCCCUCCUCCUCGUCCGCCUCCCUUUCCUCUCCCUCUCCCCCCCUGGGCGUCGCUUCACCGCUCCAGCCGCGAGCUCGAGUGGUAUAGGAGGCAAAGUCGGUGCGACGCGUUCCCUCCGCCGGCUGCCGCCCUUCUGCGGGCGACCCCUGAGGCUAUUCCCCCCCCCUCCUUGUCCCCGCUCGUCCGCGCCCCGUGCCUCAGGAGGGAAAGAAACACACAGACACAAUCUGAAGAAUUGGGGCAGCCAGAUGUCUGGGUUGCGGCAGCGAUCGCUCUCGGCUGCCACUGCAUCUUGAGGACUGGUGAACUUCUGCGAGUUCGCAAGGGCGAUCUCGAAUUGACGCCGCGCCGUGGGCGCGGAGUCGUGAGUUUGCACGCCUCCAGAGGAGGCCAGCGCUGCCUGUAGCAGCAGACGGUCGCGAUCGACGAUGCGUUGCUCGUCAAGUGGCCGGCUCGGCUCGUCGAGCGAACAACAAGCAUGUUCCACAAUUCGAGCCCGCCUGGAGGGCGAUGGCGUCAACGCAGCGGUCGAUCGGGGCGUUCCCCCUCCCCUCCCCUUGCCUCCCUUCCCCCCCUCCCUCCCUCCCUCCCUCCCUUCCCCCCCGAAAGAAGAUAAUACAGCAGGACCGUGAGAGCCGUUGGUAGCCAAAGAAUCGGCGAGGAGCUUUCGCUGGAUUUUGCGUGCUGGCCCGCUUCGCGCGCCCUGCUCUCCGGGCGCACAUCAGUCAGCACCGCUGUGGCGUGAGUUUGUCUGUCUCGGUUGAUGACGUCAGCCGUCGCUCGCCCUGGAGGUGUGUCCGGGGCGGGCGGUCGCGGAUCUGGCGCAGCAUUUUCGAGCACAACGUUUCAAGUACAACAUUGGAGUCGUAUGGAAGGGAUGGAGCUGAACGGAGUCCUAUAGAGUGUUGUGGCGUCCAAUCGAGUCCAUUGAAGUUCAACGGAGGCCUAGUGAGCCCUUGUGAGUCUCACGGCGUCUCGCCAAAUGUUUACAGGCAGCUUGAUCAGUCCGAACUGUCUCGCUUGACUUCUGACUUGCUGUGACUCGUGCUGCUUCGCCAACUAGCAUCAAACAAAAAAAGGUUGCAGCAUGGGCGACUUCACACAGAAGCCUUCGUGGACCAGCGUUGUGUUCGGUUGUUCGCGGUGCAGCCAAGAAGCU